AUGAAACCUGCGCACAGAGAUGGAAGCUCAACCUCCACCUUAAGAAAAGAUUAUAAAAGAACGUAUCGUUUGUACGGCAUAGCGUUGACAGCGUUGCUCUUAUUCUCUUACUUUAUUCAUGGCUAUCGAACUGUCUUACCUACACCUUUAUCGGAUGCUCAAGCAAGAGAUCGACAUGAUUUUGCAGGAUACCACGCAUACAACGAAUAUUUGACACAUUUCACGGCCCCUCAUUCUGCCAAUACCCGUGAAAACGGUGUGAUGCGUGAUUUUAUUGCUUCCGUAGCUUACGGAUUCCAAGCAGAAGCGACGAAACGUGGAUUGACAAUGGACGUCGUUGGCAAUGAUACAACCGAGAUAGCUGUUCAACAAGAUUGGUUUGUUCCUAAUGAACACUGGUUUGUUCGCUCUCGUAAUGUCAUGGUUCGUUUGCACGGUCAAACGGUUAAAGAAGAUGCUCUACUAGUCAAUGCUCACUACGAUAGCGUUCCCAGCAGCAAUGGUGUGACUGAUAAUGGUAUGGGUGUUUCGGUUGCCCUCGAAUUGAUUCGCUAUUUCAUCGAUCAUCCUCCUCGCAACACAAUCAUUUUCUUGUUCAAUAAUUUUGAAGAAGGUGGUUUGAUCGGUGCAAAGGCUUUCGCUAACCAUCCAUGGUAUUCUACGGUUAAAUUGUUUAUCAAUCUCGAGGGCGCUGGUGCAGGUGGCAGAGCCAUUAUGUUCAGAAGCUCUAAUCUGAAUGCCGUCCAAAAGAUUGCCCGCUCCAGUGCUGCAUUAAAACAUGCCUCACCUCUUGGUAAUGAUAUGUUUAGAUUCAGAUUGCUUAAAAGUGACACGGAUUUCUCUGUUUUCACAGGCCAUGGUAUUCCUGGCGUCGAUAUUGCUUUCUAUUCUCCUCGCUCUCACUAUCAUACCGUUCGCGAUGACUUGGCUCACACCAGUCCCCAUUCAGUACAAUACAUGGGACAGAUUGUAUUGAAGGCCAUGGAAGAUAUUGCGAAUAGUGACGAUCUAUUAGAAACCAGCCAUGAGCAAGAAUUAUACUACUACUACGAUCUUUUGGGACGUGUUAUGUUUGCUUACAGUUUCACCACAGCUCAAUUCAUCCAUGCUCUUGCCCUUGUGCUUGUUCCCCUUGUUUCCAUCUUUUUGUUUAUGAGAAAAGAAAAGGCCCGCCACCAAUCCUUGGGAUCCCUUCUCAAAGAGAAAGCCUGCCUUACCGUCCAAGGUCUUCUAGCCAGCAUAGCUGCUUUUAUCUUUGCUCUUGUGUUCCUUGCCAUUGCUUCUCUCAUGAUGGUCAAGAUCAACCCCUCGAUGACUUAUGGCGACAUCUACGGUGCUGCGCUCUAUAUCUUUGCUGCCGUCUUGUUUGGAAUUCAGUUGUCUCAAAUCGUGCUGCCUCAAAAGAUGAAGCAAAACUUGGUUUCGACGGAUGCUAUUUGGUAUGGUAACAUCGGUCUUUGGUGGUUAUCCGUGGUGGUAGCUGCUAUUUCUGCUUCGUUCAAAAUCGCCACGUUUUACGUUUUCAUCCAUAUCUUUGUCUUCAAUGCUUUGGCUUUCUUUGCUCAUCUUCUUCUGCCCCAAACCUUCAAGUGGCGCUCUGCUAUCAUCUUUGUUAUCCAAAUGACAGUUCCUUUCAUCCUUUUACUGGAGCUUGUCUAUUUAAUCAUGGAUGCUUUACGUCAUGCGACCGCUGACGGUACACCUGAAAUUGCCAUUUACAUGCUCAUGGGUGUCCUUAUUAUUUUCAUUGCUUUACCACUCCUCCCAUGGAUCUACGUCGCUGGCAACCAUCGUCAAGCGACUGCUGGUACAGGCGUUGCUUUUAUCUUUUUGUUCACCAUUUGUACCGCGCUUCAACCUUUCAACGGUGAUUAUUCACCUAACAAAUUGAUUUUCAAGCAAGAAUACAAUGCCGGUGACUCUCUCGCAACGGUCAUCAUCUCCACCGCGACGGGUUUAUAUUCCAUUCUGAAGCAAUCUUUGUCUACGCAAGAACUCAACAGCGUUGACUGCUCUAUUUUUAACAAAUAUCUGACGCGUUGUACUUACCAAACAGACUUGCUUCCAAUGUAUGGCAGCAACAGCACCCUGAAUGAGUUUGUUCUGUCUGACAUCCAAAAGACAUGUGAUGAACUCAACUGCGUUUCUUCCGGUUACUUCACUUCCAAGAACAGUUUGAUGUGCCGCAUCCACUUUGAGCCAGCCGCCAAUGAACAUCCUAUCGAGCACAUUUGGGUGAAGGGUAUGGAGUAUCGCCACGACAAUAUUUCUUCCAUCAUUACUUAUGUGAACGAAUACGAGGAACCUGUUACUUUUGCCAUUGAGUAUCCCAAAAACAAGCCCUUGGAAACCAGAUUCAGUUGCUUCUACGAUGAAUGGAUCCAUCAGGAAGUUCCUGCUUUUACCACUUUGCGUGAUGCAUUACCAGAAAAUGCUGUCUUUGCCAUUCGCGGACAAGGUUUGGCGCUUGUUCAUUAUAAGAAUGUAACCUUAUGA